UGCAGUACAAUGGCAGAAGUAAGUAUUUCAGUAGACAAAUUUUCAGUGGAUCACUUCAGCUGUCCAGUGUGUCUGGAUCUCCUCAAAGAUCCACUAGCUAUUCCCUGCGGUCACAGUUACUGUAAGGUGUGUAUUAAUGACUUCUGGGAUCGUGAGGAUGUGAAGGGUGUCUACAGUUGUCCUCAGUGUAGAGAGACUUUCACUCCAAGACCUGUUCUACACAGGAACAACAUGCUGGCUGAAGUGGUGGAGAAACUGAAGAAGGCUGAACUCCAAGCUGCUUCUCCUACUCACUCUUACGCUGGACCUGGAGAUGUGGAGUGUGAUUCCUGCACCGGGAGAAAACGCAAAGCUGUUAAUUCCUGUCUGGUGUGUCAGGCAUCCUAUUGUAAAGACCAUCUUCAACCUCACUAUCAGUCUCCUGCCUUUAAGAAGCACAAGUUAGUGGAAGCCUGUGAGCUCCAAGAGAAGAUCUGCUCUCAGCAUGACAAACCGAUUGAGAUCUACUGUCGUACUGACCAAAGCUUCAUCUGUUACUUGUGUACGAUGGAAGAACAUAAAGGUCACGAUACUGUUUCAGCUAAAGCGGAGCGAAAUGUAAAACAGGGAGAGCUAGAGGAGGAGCAGAUGAAAUUUCAGCAGAAGAUCCAGAAGAAACAGAAGGAGAUGCAGAAGCUGAAACAGAAAGUGGACACUAUUAAAAUGCAUUCACAGGCAGCAGUAGUUGAGAGUGAGAGGAUCUUUACUGAGCUGAUCAGCCUUAUGGAGAAAAAGCGCUCGGAGGUGACGGAGCUGAUCAGAGCUCAGGAGAAAGCUGAACUGAGUCGAGCUGAACGACUCCUGAAGCAACUGGAGCAGGAGAUUCCUGAUCUUAAGAGGAGAGUCACUGAGCUGGAGCAGCUUUUACACACACACGAUCACAUCCACUUCCUCCAGAGUUUCCCGUCUCUCUGUGUUUCUCCUGGAUGUGAGGACUCACUCAGCUUGACUGUCAAUCAACAUCUCUCAUUUGAUGGAGUGAGGAAAUCUCUCUCAGAUCUGAAAAAACAAGUCGGGGAAAUCUGUGAGGAGGAAUUCAACAAAAUCUGUCCAAAAGCUGCAGCAGCUCGGAUGAUUUUACUCUCAGAACCAAAGAGCAGAGAAGAUUUAAUGCAAUAUUUCUGUUUUCUGACUCUGGAUCCCAACACAGCACAUCAUCAACUCAUUCUGUCUGAGACGAACAGAUCAGUGACAUGCAGUGAGACACACCAUCAAUACUCUGAUCAUCCAGAGAGAUUUGACUCCAGGACGCAGGUGUUGUGUAAGGAGAAGGUGUGUAAGCGCUGUUACUGGGAGGUGGAGUGGAGCGGUUAUGCUGUGGACAUAUCAGUCUCAUAUAAAGAGAUCAGUAGGAAAGAACAGGGUGAUGAGUGUGGGUUUGGACUCAACAGUCAGUCCUGGAGUCUGGCAUGUUCUUACUACGCUGUCUCUUUCUGGCACAACAACAUUCAAACUAAGCUUGAAGGUCCAGUAUCCUCGAAGAUAGGAGUGUAUGUGGAUCACAGUGCAGGAACUCUGUCCUUUUACAGCAUCUCUGACACGAUGAGUCUCCUCCACAGAGUCCACACCACAUUCACUCAGCCUCUGUACGCUGGGUUCUGGAUAUGGGGUUAUAACUCAACUUUGAGGUUAUGUGAUGCAAUGAAAAAAUGAAAUAUUGGUAAAAAAAAAUUUGAAC